AACAAGAAAAAUAAAAAAGUUUAGACAUUGUGUGUGGGAAUAUAUUAGUAUUCAUUAUUUUCCUAGCUUUACGCUUUCUGCGCAGAGGAUGAGAUACAGUUGGAUGCUCUGAAAAAAAGGGAACCCGUACCGAACUUCGAUGGCGAGCCUAUGGCGGGCCGCGAUGGGCCAGACGGAGCAGACCAACGACGGCGUCGAGUUCUGGUCGAACCCCGAGCGCACCGGCUGGUUGACCAAACAAGGCGAGUAUAUAAAGACGUGGCGUCGCCGGUGGUUCGUGCUCAAGCAAGGCAAGCUCUUCUGGUUCAAGGACUCCGCCGUGACCCGUGGCUCCACGCCACGUGGAGUGAUCCCGGUGGCGUCGUGCCUCACAGUGAAGGGAGCCGAGGACGUCCUCAACAAGCAGUACGCGUUCGAGCUGUCUACGCGCUCCGAGACGAUGUACUUCAUCGCCGACUCGGAGAAGGAGAAGGAGGACUGGAUCAACUCGAUCGGACGGUCCAUAGUGCAGCACUCGAGGUCGGUCACCGACUCCGAGGUUGUCGAUUACGAUAGCAAAAAGUGAGGGGCGGCAAUUUGGUCAGAUUACUGCUGUAGGUGAGUGGUGGUGGAGCUCCGCUCGUGUUCGUACGCCCUUGUAUUUUUUUUCACGUGCAUAAAUAUUCAGUAAAACUCUGUUUUCUGCUUUCUGUUUUCUUCUGUAAAUGUAUACAGAUCGUAUUGUGUUUUCGAAUUUGCAGCAAUUUAAAGUCUUUUUGUUUGUUAAAGAUAGAUUUGGAUUGAAAUUGAAUUGCUUUCCAUUUUUGGA